AUGGCGACGCGCAGCGACGCGCCCGAGGUGCGCGAGUCCAUCGAGGCCAAAGUUACCAACGACGUCGAGAUGACCGACGCCCCGGAUGCCAACCCCGUCGGCGCGAACCGAACCGAACCGACAGUCACCGCGAAAAUGGACGGUCCUGAGAAAAUGGACGUCGACCCUGACGCAGACGCGGAUGCUGACGGAGAAGCGGACGUAGAUGCAGACGCGGACGCGGAUGCCGAUGCCGAUGCAGAAGCUGAUGCCGAUGCCGAUGCUGAUGCCGAUGGAGACCCCGAUGACGGUGCUGCAUCACCCGUAGAAUCCGAGCCGGGCGACCUUUUGGACGUCAUUCAGACCCUCAACACUACCCUCAGCAACUGCAAGGACGAAGAUGGAGAAUGGUUGGCGGCUAGUUUCCAGCGCAUCCCGAACAAGCGCCAGUUGCCCGACUAUUUCGAAAUCAUCGAGAACCCCAUUGCCUUUAGCACGAUUCGCCACAAGAUUCAGAAAAAGCAGUACACAGAUUUCCCCGAGUUCGUUCGUGAUGUCGCCCAGAUCUGCCACAACGCGCAGGUGUACAACCGCCCUUCUUCGGCCAUCUUCAAAAGCGCCACUGUAAUCCGAGAUCUGCUCAAGCGGGAGCUUCAGAAACUUGUCACCAAAGGCACUAUCAAACCAGAGGAGGCCGAGCUGCCGGACCUAGGCGAGCUUCCACCUGCUGAAGACUCUUCUCCAGAAGCCGAGUCCGAGGAGGACGAGGAGGAGGAAGAGGAGGAAGAAGAGGAAGAGGAAGAAGACGACGACGACUCUGAUGAAGACGGAAAGCGACGCCGAAGUAGGAGGCGCGGCCGGACUUCGCUCACCAAGCGGCAGCUCGAAGAGGCCAGGGAGGAGGACGAGCAUAAGAAGCGCGGUCGUCCCCCCAAGGUCUUGACUCCUCUCGAGGCUCGUAUCCACAAUGUCAUCAAGGGUCUGCGCAAGGUCCAGUCGGACGACGGCGACUUGCUCAUUGGCCCCUUUGAAAAGCUGCCUGACAAGAUCGCAAACCCGGACUACUACCAGGUCAUCACCAACCCGAUUGCGCUGGACAACAUCAAGAGAAAGGCCAAGAGGAAGAAGUAUGCGACUGUAGACGACCUCCUUACGGACAUCGACCUCAUGUUUAACAACGCCAAGGAAUACAACGAGGAGGGCAGCGACAUCUACGAAGCUGCCGUCGAGUUGCAAAAGCAAGCGCACGAGCUGGCCAGACAAGAGAAGGCGAGACCUGAUGAUGAAUUCCGUGAUGAGGACGGAAAGCUGCCCUUGUCAGAGAUCCAGCACAACGGCCAGAUAUGGCGAGUGGGUGACUGGGUGCAUAUCCGCAACGUCAACGACAUGGCCAAACCCAUCGUCGCCCAGAUCUUCCGCACGUGGCAGGACCGUGCCGGCCAGCGGUGGAUCAACGCUUGCUGGUACUAUCGUCCGGAGCAGACGGUGCACAGAUACGAGAAGCACUUUUUUGAGAACGAGGUGGCCAAGACGGGUCAGUACCGCGACCACCAGAUCGAGGAGGUGCUCGAUCGAUGUUUUGUCAUGUUUGUGACGCGCUUCAACAAGGGCCGGCCGCGCGGGCUACCGGCGGACAAGGAGGUGUACGUGUGCGAGUCUCGAUACAACGAGGCGACAUGCCGGUUCAACAAGAUCAAGACGUGGACCAGCUGCGUGCCGGACGAGGUGCGCGAAAGAGACUACCAAAUGGAUCUGUUUGACCAACCGCGGCGGCUUAAGAAGGUCCCGAGCCCGAUCAAACAUUUGCUGCAGGCGGACGCGAGGGAAACGGACGAGCUGCCCAAGCCAACCUGGGGUGCCGCAAACGCGCCGCCCAUUAUCGGUGCCGUGCAUCGGCGGCCUCGAGAAGCAAACCCUGCUCUCCGUCCGACAUCGCUGACAGACCACUCCGCUGGUACAGGAAACGCCCCCUCCCGAGCCGACACCGUCGCCGCCGCCUCUGGCUCAAGAACCCGCACGGCGCCCUUCGGUCCUCCAGGCGAUGCGGCAGACGCCCAGCGACAUGUCGAUGGGAAACCCUCCCACGCCUUACGGACACGGGAUGGGAGCCGCGCCGUCGCCAUCGCCAGCCAUGUACGCGCAGCAGUACACACCUCAGCAUGCGUCGGCAUCACCAGUCGCGGUCGGCCAUCAAACGCCGGUGCCUCUACCCCAAAUUCCUCACCAGGCGUCUCACUCUCCGCAACAGCCCAUGCGUCCAUGUUCCAGCAGCAGGGGUUCGCGGGCAGCCCGUUCCAACAGCACCAGCAGCACCCGCACCAGCACCACGCGCACCCACAGCACCCACACCAGCAUCCCCACCCGCAACAGCACCAGCAGCAACAGCACCACCACCAGCCCCCACGGCGGUGGCGCCCCCGUACCAGCAGCAGCACCACCCGCAGCACCACCAUCAGGCCCAAGCGCCCGUCCCACAGCACCAACACCACCAACCGCACCACCAGAUGCAUCCACAAAUGA